ACUGCGCGUGCGUGAAGUGGCCUGGGCGCUGUGUAUGUCUCUUUCACACCCCCAUUUCUUCUUCUUGGGUUCUCCGGGUUCCCUCUGCUGGCGGAGGCAAUUGGGGGAUCUGAGCGUUCCAUGGCCGGCAGCGGGGGACCAUGACUGAUUACGGGGAGGAGCAGCGCAACGAGCUCGAGGCCCUGGAGUCCAUUUACCCGGACUCCUUUACAGUAUUAUCAGAAAAUCCAACAAGUUUCACUAUCACUGUGACAUCUGAAGCAGGAGAAAAUGAUGAAACUGUUCAGACGACCCUCAAAUUCACAUAUGCAGAGAAAUAUCCAGAUGAAAUCCCACUGUAUGAACUGCUUUCUCAAGACAAUCUUGAGGACAAUGAUGUUACAGAUAUACUGAAAUUAUUGCAGGAACAGACAGAAGAAAACCUAGGUAUGGUAAUGAUCUUCACAUUAGUAUCAGCUGUGCAAGAAAAAUUAAAUGAAAUUGUUGAUCAGAUAAAAACAAGAAGAGAAGAGGAGAAGAUACAGAAGGAAAAAGAAGCAGAGGAGGCAGAAAAGCAAUGUUUCCAUGGCACCCCUGUCACUAUCGAAAACUUUCUAAGCUGGAAAGCAAAAUUUGAUACAGAGAUCGUAGAAAUCAGAAGGAAAAAGAUGAAAGAGGAAGAACAGUGUGGAAAAAAUAAACUAACAGGAAAACAGUUAUUUGAAAGAGAUCAUAAUCUUGAUACAUCUGAUAUUCAGUUCUUGGAAGAAGCUGGAAACAGCGUGGAAGUGGAUGAAUCCUUGUUCCAGGAAAUGGAUGACUUAGACUUGGAGGAUGAAGAGGAUGAUCCAGACUACAACCCCGUCCAUCUAGAUAGUGACUAGACUGAAAUUUUUGUACCUGCUCUACCGGUCAACAGGUGUGAAAACUUGUAUGGAGAGACAAGCCACAAGUGCUUUGGUUCCCUUAAAAAGACAAAAUAUUUCACUGUCAGAAGACUUUUCCUCUGGUGGUUGUCAUCACGGAUAAUAAACUCUUUAACACUUGAAGUGUGUCUCCCUAAUGUUCUUGAAGAAUUGGACUAUGUGGUAAAGUUUAAAAUGCACUUCAAGUUCCGAGUGUGUUGUAGUACUAAGGCCUUGGUUUAAGGUUGAUGCUUUGGAUGCAAAACAAAAUAAAUGGAAAUCAAGAAAA